AUGCCUCAGAGACGUAUCAAGUAUUUCUACCCUCCUCCCACUAGUCCAGCUUUGAGGUUAGAAUCAUCAGCAUCCAUGGAAAAGCCUAACCCGACAGAACACGAAUGGAUUUUUCGACAAGAUGCAGUGCUUUGUGUGGAGGACGACAUGAUGGCUUAUGCAGAGGAUGUUACAGUACGCAGUAAUAACAACUGGAAGAAUAGGCAGGAGUUUGAGUUUCAUAUUAAGUGGAAGCAUGGUGGUUGGCAUAUAGAGAAUUCCAUGACUGGAUCUUCAACUUUUCAGGAUCAGAAAUGUGUAGUAUGCGGUCACAAGAAUAGUGCAGAUUACUUGGAAAAAAUGAAGCUCGGACUUCAUUGUGGACAUGUUGUCUGUGAAGAGUGUACUCAUGGUUUAUUUUACAAGUACGAGCAGCCAAGAGCCAAUGACAGCCAUUCUAGUUUGGUUCAUUGCAGGUGGGAAGCUCAAGGUCGUGGGAGCAAUCGCGAUGAGUGUCCGGCUUGCCACAAGAAGUUGAUGAAGACGUUGCUGUUUGAAAUGGAUGGUCAAAGGAUUGAAACGUCAGCUCCUAUCCCGGUGGACUACAUGUUCAAUUGUCCGGUGUAUUCAGAGUCACUAGCAGAUGUAGUAAUGCCAUUCUACAGGGAACAUAUUGAGCCAAUGGUGGAGAAGUAUGUGGAGUUACAUGAGCUAUUGGAUUUGGGUGUGGACGUGUAUUAUCGUACCGAGGAAAGCCCAGAAGAAGAACACGAGAGCAUUGCAGAGAACUAUAGGAGAUUGUGGAUGCUACAUGAUUUUUUUGAAGACAAAAAGCACUUGCUGCAGUUUGCUCUGGAAGGACACAGAAAGAUUCCUGAAGAGGUUUACGACUGCAACAUUGCCUUUUACCGUUUGCAUUGUCACAGGAUCAGAAAACUCUACUGGGACAUUGAAUGGGAGCACUUCAAGAUUCUGAUUAUUCGAGCGAAUAAAUGGGACCCCGAAACUUUCGGCUACAGGCUUUGCGGAUCGUGUGCUAGUUUAGAUCACACAAACUAA